AUGGUGAGAACUAGCAAAGCAAAAAGAAAAGGUUGUAAUAGUGCUCCUGCUAAUAUGAAUAUGGAGUCGGAGAAGUUGAUUGAUGGGAACAAAGAUGUGGAUCCUCAGUUAUGGCAUGCUGUUGCUGGAGGAUUGGUGCAAAUUCCAGAAGUUAACUCUAAGAUCUUCUACUUCCCUCAAGGUCAUGCCGAGCAUGCAUAUCAACCUGUCAAUUUUCCUGCUGAUUUCAAACUUCCAUCUUUCAUUCCGUGUCGAGUUGCAGCUAUUGAUUAUAGGGCUGAUCUUGAGACGGAUGAGGUGUACGCAAAACUCCGGUUUGUUCCUUUGCAUAUAAGUGAGGUUAGUUUUGAUGAUGACGGUGUUGGUGGCGUUGAUAAUAUGUCUGAAAAUAAGAAUAAAUAUCAAUCUUAUACGAAAACCUUGACACAAUCUGAUGCAAACAAUGGUGGUGGAUUUUCUUGUCCUAGGUAUUGUGCAGAAACACUUUUUCCUCCCUUAGACUAUUCAGGUACCCCUCCUUCUCAGUACAUUUAUCCCAUGGAUGUUCAUGGGGAGACGUGGGAAUUCAAACAUGUUUAUAGGGGCACGCCGAAGCGGCAUCUGUUAACAACUAACUGGAGUGAUUUUGUAACCGACAAGCUACUUGUUUCGGGGGAUUCACUUGUGUUUUUGAGAGCUGAAAACGGUGAUCUUCAUAUUGGAAUUCGGAGGUCUAAAAGACGAAAUGACAUUGGAUUUAACCUUUCAUUAAAGAGGAAACCUGGGAGUGAAAUUGGAAUUCGUAUUGGACCAUCAUACAGACUUCCAUCAUCUUCGGGGGAGAAAGAUAAUGAACUUCCAAAAAAUGAUAAAGAAAAUGGAUUGAGAAGUAAUGAUAAGAUUAUGGGUAAGGGAAAAGUGAAGGCUGAAGAUGUUCUCGAAGCAGUAAGACUUGCUGUCAAUAUGCAACCGUUUGAUGUUGUUUACUAUCCUCGAGUUGGUACUCCCGAGUUUUUUGUGAAAACCUCUUUAAUUAGAACAGCAUUUCAGGUUAGGUGGUGUUGUGGAAUGAGGUUCAAGAUGGCCAUUGAAACGGAAGACUCGUCAAGGAUAAGUUGGUUUCUCGGAACAAUUACUUCUGUUCAGGCGGCUGAUCCAGCAUGGCCCGACUCUCUUUGGAGACUUCUGCAGGUUACAUGGGAUGAGCCUGAUUUACUUAAAAAUACGAAAAGGGUGAAUCCGUGGCAAGUGGAAAUAGUAUCUAACAUGCCUUCAAUCCCUUUUUCCUCUUUCUUGCCAACAUCGCGGAAGAAACUGAGAUUGGCUCAAUGCCCAGAUUUCCCCGUUGAUGGCCAAUUUUCAAUGCCAACUUUUCCAAACUACUUUCAAACUCCAAAUGUUCCAAUUUUUCAUUUACCAGAAACUAGGCCUGCUGGUAUGCAGGGAGCCAGGCAUGAUCCUUUUGGUCUCUCUUUACCGGACCUUCACAUUAAUAAGUCUCCAUUAGGUCUCUUUAAUCCUAAUUUCCAACAACCACAUGAUCAUAAUGCAUCAAUAUCGAAGACAGUCCCAAGUAAUGCUGUAUUGCAAAAGGCGAACAACAGUGAAAAUAUUGUUUCGUGCUUACCAUCAGAGAAACAUAUUCAUGCAAAGUCAGCCCAGAUUGUGCUUUUUGGCAAAACCAUACGGAUUGACGCGGGAAAAGAAAAUGCUGUGAAGAAAAUCACUACUAAUUUUUCUAAUCUUCUGCGAGAUUCGCCAAGACAAUCCUCUGGUGAGAGAGUUGAAUGUAAUCCCAAGAACCAACGCAACAAAGAUAUUUUGGCAGGAGAAACAAUGGAGAUUGAACAUUCAGAAAACAAUUUUAUAAUGGCGAAAUCCAUGAAAGAAAGAACAAACGGUAGCAAUCAAACUCGUCCUUCUAAUAAGAAGAAGGAAAAGGAGUCAAGGAAGAAGUUGAUUGAUGGGAACAGAGAUGUGGAUCCUCACCUAUGGCAUGCUGUUGCUGGAGGAAUGGUUCAAAUUCCAGAACUUAACUCUAAGAUAUUCUACUUCCCUCAAGGUCAUGCCGAGCAUGCAUAUCAACCUGUCAAUUUUCCUACUGACUUCAAAAUUCCAUCCAAAAUUCCAUGUAGAGUUGCGGCUAUCCAUUAUAGGGCGGAUCCUGCCACAGAUGAAGUGUAUGCAAAACUUAGGCUUGUUCCUCUGCAUACUAGCGAAGUUAGUAUGGAUGAUGACGAUGUUGCUGACAUCGAUAAUAUGUCUGAAACCAAAAAUAAAUAUCAAUCUUACACGAAAAUAUUGACACAGUCUGAUGCAAACAAUGGUGGUGGAUUCUCUUGUCCUAAAUAUUGUGCCGAAACACUUUUUCCUCCAUUAGACUAUUCAGAUAUGUUUCCUUCUCAGGAAAUUUCUCCCAAGGAUGUGCAUGGAGAAACAUGGACAUUCAGACAUGCCUACAGGGGCGCGCCAAAGCGGCAUCUGUUCACAACUGGGUGGAGUGAUUUUGUGACCGCCAAGCUACUUGUUUCGGGGGAUUCACUUGUGUUUGUGAGAGAUGAAUACAAUGAUCUUCAUGUUGGAAUUCGAAGGUCUAAAAAACGAAACGACAGUAUAUUUAACUUUUCAUCAAAGAGGAAACUUGAUAGUGAAACUGGAAUUUGUCUUGGACCAUCAUACGGUAGACUUACUUCGUCUUUAGGAGAGUUGAGAAUAAGUGAUAAGGUUAUGGGAAUAGGAAAAGUGAAGGCUGAAGAUGUUCUUGAAGCAGUAAGACUUGGUGUCAAUAUGCAACCGUUUGAUGUGGUUUACUAUCCUCGGGCUGGUACACCCGAAUUUUUUGUGAAAACCUCUUUAAUUAGAACAGCACUUCAGAUUAGGUGGCAUCGUGGAACGAGGUUUAAGAUGGCCAUUGAAACUGAAGACUCGUCAAAGAUAAAUUGGUUUAUGGGAACAAUUGCUUCUAUUCAGGCUGCUGAUCCAGCGUGGCCCGACUCACUUUGGAGACUUCUGCAGGUUACAUGGGACGAACCUGAUUUAGUUACAAAUACGAAAAUGCUGAAUCUGUGGCAAGUCGAAAUAGUAUCGGAAAUGCCUUCUCCCCCUUUCUUGCCAUCAAGUAAGAAACUGAGAUUGGCUCAACACCCAACUUUCUCCAUUGAUGGCCAAUUAUCAAUGCCAACUUUUCCAAAUGCUGGCAUGCAGGGAGCCAGGCAUGAUUAUUUUAGUCACUCCAAUUCAUCCUAUCGUGUCGAGAAAAUUCCACUAGCUCUCUUUUGGCCUUAUUUCCGACAAUCCUUUGAUCAAGAUGCCUCAACAUCGAGGACUGUCCCUAAUAGCCCGACAUUGCAAAAGGACAGCAAUAGUGAGAAUGUUUCCGGUGAGAAUGUUUCAGGCUCGAUGUCAAUUUCUACACAACCAUUAGAGAAACUGAAUCAUGAGAAGCCGAAGGAGAUCGUGCUUUUUGGCCAAAAAGUGUAUACGAAGCCAAAACAGUUGGUGCUUUUUGGCCAAAAAAUACACAUUAACUCGGGAUAUGAAAAUGGUGAGGAGAAAAUCACAAAAUAUUCUUCUGAUUCUCCUCUACAAGACUCCUCUAGUGAGAGGCUGGAAUAUAAUCUAGAGAACCAAUGCAAAAACGAUACAUUGGAAGGAGAAACAGUGGAGAUUGAAGAUUCAGUGAGUCCAUCAAAUGAGGCAGCGCGACAGUUCUAUUAA